AUGCUCCGAGGACGCUCCCUGUCCGUCACGUCCCUGGGCGGCCUGCCCCGCUGGGAAGUCGAGGAGCUCCCGGUGGAGGAUUUACUGCUCUUCGAGGUCUCCUGGGAGGUGGCCAAUAAAGUCGGGGGCAUCUACACCGUGAUUCAGACCAAAGCCAAAACCACGGCAGAGGAGUGGGGAGACAACUUCUUCAUGAUCGGCCCCUACUUUGAGCACAAUAUGAAGACUCAGGUGGAGGCAUGUGAGCCGGUCAACGGGGCUGUGAAGAAGGCUAUGGAGGCCAUGAACACACACGGCUGCCAGGUGCAUUUCGGAAGAUGGCUGAUAGAAGGGAGCCCUUACGUGGUGCUUUUCGACAUAGGCUACUCCGCUUCGAACCUGGACAGGUGGAAGGGGGAUCUGUGGGAGGCGUGCGGCGUGGGCAUCCCCUACCAGGACCGGGAAGCCAACGACAUGCUGAUAUUCGGAUCUCUAACCGCCUGGUUCUUAAAAGAGGUGACAGAUCACGCAGACGGGCGACACGUCAUCGCCCACUUCCACGAGUGGCAGGCCGGGACCGGACUAAUCCUGUCUCGAGCCCGGAAGCUUCCGAUCGCCACAAUAUUCACCACCCACGCCACACUGCUCGGGAGGUAUCUGUGCGCAGCGAACAUCGAUUUCUACAACCAUCUCGAUGAGUUCAACAUCGACAAGGAGGCGGGAGAAAGACAGAUCUACCACCGGUACUGCAUGGAGCGAGCGUCUGUGCACUGUGCCCACGUGUUCACCACCGUCUCGGAAAUAACGGCCAUCGAGGCAGAGCAUAUGCUGAAGAGAAAGCCUGAUGUGGUUACUCCAAACGGCCUGAGUGUUAAGAAAUUUUCAGCCGUGCAUGAGUUCCAAAAUCUCCACGCCAUGUACAAAGCCAAGAUCCAAGAUUUUGUUCGAGGUCAUUUUUAUGGUCACCUGGACUUUGAUCUGGAGAAGACCUUGUUCUUUUUCAUUGCUGGGAGGUAUGAGUUUUCAAACAAAGGAGCGGACAUCUUCCUAGAAUCUUUAUCCAGGCUCAAUUUCCUGCUGAGGAUGCAUAAAAAUGACGUCACGGUGGUGGUGUUUUUUAUUAUGCCUGCCAAGACAAAUAAUUUCAAUGUGGAAACUCUGAAAGGCCAGGCAGUGCGCAAGCAGCUGUGGGACACUGCACAUACCCUGAAGGAAAAGUUUGGGAAGAAGCUCUAUGAAGCAUUAUUAAGAGGAGAAGUCCCUGACAUGAACAAUAUUUUGGAUCGAGAUGAUCUAACAAUUAUGAAAAGAGCCAUCUUUUCAACUCAGCGGCAUUCCCUGCCUCCCGUGACCACCCACAACAUGAUCGACGACUCCACCGACCCCAUCCUCAGCACCAUCCGCCGCAUCGGGCUGUUCAACAGCCGCACGGACAGAGUCAAGGUGAUUUUACACCCUGAGUUCCUCUCUUCCACCAGUCCCUUAUUACCCAUGGAUUAUGAAGAGUUUGUCCGAGGCUGUCAUCUCGGAGUGUUUCCAUCGUACUACGAGCCCUGGGGUUAUACUCCAGCUGAAUGCACCGUGAUGGGUAUCCCCAGCGUGACGACCAACCUCUCUGGCUUCGGCUGCUUCAUGCAAGAGCACGUGGCUGACCCUACUGCGUACGGUAUCUACAUUGUGGACCGGCGCUUCCGCUCACCAGACGACUCUUGCAAUCAGCUGACUCAGUUUCUCUACGGGUUUUGCAAACAGUCACGCCGCCAAAGAAUCAUCCAAAGAAACCGGACCGAGAGGCUCUCAGAUCUUUUGGACUGGAGAUACUUGGGCAGAUAUUAUCAGCACGCCAGGCACCUGACAUUAAGCCGAGCUUUUCCAGACAAAUUCCAUAUGGAACCCACAUCACCACCAACGACAGAAGGAUUUAAAUUCCCCAGGCCCUCCUCGGUGCCACCUUCCCCCUCGGGCUCUCAAGUCUCCAGCCUUCAAAGCAGUGAUGCGGAGGAUGAUGAUGAGGAUGAGAGAUACAAUGAGGAAGAGGAGGCAGAGAGAGAUCGGCUAAAUAUUAAGUCGCCGUUUUCUCUGGGGACCGUUCCUCUUGGGAAGAAGAAGCUGCAUGGUGAAUACAAGAACUGAACAUGCCGUGGAACAAAGUUAACUUAGUAGGAAGGUGGUGAGAGUUGUUAUUUAAGGAAACAACAAUGUCCCAAGUUUGAUUUUUCUUCUCCCAAGUAUUUUGUGAAAUUUAUUCUCUGCCUAUAACUGGAGAUUAGGAAUGAAAGUUUCAUAAUUUAGAAAAAAGAAUCCAAGUCAUUUUCCCUAAUUCCUUUCUUUCAAGAACAUAGGAUAAAGCAUGAAGGAAAAUAUUCACUGAAAGAAAGAUUAGGGAUUGGAGUGAUAGUACAGCAGGUAAGGCAUUUGCCUUGCACAGGACUGACCCCAGCUCAAUCCCCGGCAUCCCAUAUGGUCUCCCAAGCACCACCAGGAGUAAUUCCGGAGUGCAGAACAAGGGUGUGACCCAAAAAGCCAAAAAAUUUGUUGAUUCAUUUAAAAAAAAGAAGAUUAGAGGGGCCAGGUGUCAGUACAGAGGGGCUGGGGCAAUAGUACAGUGCGUACUUGACUUGCACACAGUUUAGCUGGGUUUCAUUCCUAACAUCCCAUUUGGUCCCUGGGCCCCACCUGGAGUGAUCCAUGAGCAUAGAGCCAGAAGUAGGUCCUGAGCACCACUGGGUGUGAGCAAAAAACAAGAAAAGAGAAAGAGCACAUUUAAGAUGUUUAAUUCAAAGAAUUUUAAUUCACAACUUUAAAUAAUUAUCAUCACUUUACCCGUCACAGUAUUUAUACAAUUUUUAAGCCAUACCAAGUAGUAUCUUAUCCCCCA